AUGGUUAUCGCAAUAAAAGCCAGUCAGGACUCACCUCAAGUCGUGCUAGAGAGAUCGGAGUUGGUAGACCAGAGAAAGAAACGUUUCCAAGUUGUUACAGUCAACAAAGGAGGAAACGGCCAGCUCUAUAUCCAAGACCAGCCUCUCAUAAUCAGCUUCGAAAAGCUGUUCCUUCGCCCGUCAAGCAUCCCCAAAGAGGUGGACCUCAGCCUCGACAAGGAAAGUUUGAAGGAAAUUGCUGAGGACAUCGGGGAAACGCAGGACUUUUGA